GUCUGACCCUGACGCCUGACAGCAGGUACCUCGGCCCACUCCGCCCUACAGCGCCAUGCGCUGCCAAAAACACAUAUGAUUCCAUUACUCUCUCACGGCUUCUGGCAGAGCUAUGCAACUCUCAAUGUCAACUGCUAGCUUAGGGCCUGCCCCGAUUUCCAACAUGCACGAAACUGCUCCAUCGAGGAAUGGUCAUGGUUUUAGAUUCCAAGGACGUAAACCACUGGCUUGUGAGACGUGCUACAAGCGGAAAGUCAAGUGCGAGUUUGAUGAGUCUGCCGGGUCCUGUAUUCAAUGUAUGCGCCGUAAUCUCCACUGCAAAGUCUCAAAGGGGAACAAGCAUAAAAGAUCGUGUUAUGUAAAGAGCUUGGAGGAGCGUCUCAGAAAGACCGAGUCACUGCUCAGAGCCGCUGGAAUCGCGGUUGAAGAAGAUCAUGAUGCUGAAGAUGGCAGUUCCGUGGAUGAUGACGAUUCUCUUUCGAGCAAUCAUCAUGACUCCGGCCGUGAGGCCGAGUCGAGAAGCAUGACCGGCAGAGCCACUGGUGAGAAAGGCUUGUUCAAGUCAGGAAACCCAGAACAAUCCUUCAAUUCCAAUGCAUUGGCCAAGUUCUACAGGCGCAGGCGCCCAACCGCGAAAAAUACACCACCGGUAUACAGAGCGGAGAAAGGAUACUCAAUGUAUCAUGGGCGAUGCUCGCCUCUGUCGCUACUGACCAGGGAAGGGAUGGAAUGGAUCAAAACCAAGUCUGGCGAAUCAAACUCUCUCGACAGUUUAUUGUCAAACUCGAAUUUCGAUAGCCCCUGGGCCUAUUGGCGACCUGAUGUGUUCUACGACGUAUUCGCUUCCAAGGUAUUCAAACCGCUGCCACCAAGGGCGGAGGUCUUCUCUCUUCUCCAGGAAUAUUUUCGAACCUUGAACCUUAUCUUUCCCCUGUAUCAUGAGAAGACUUUCAUGGAACUCGUCGAAUGGCAGUACACUCAGCAGACCUGCGACGAUGCUGCUCGGUGGGCCAGUAUCAACAUCAUCCUCGCGCUUGCCUAUGAAUAUCGCUAUUCAAAUAGUCAGAAGGCAGAAAGGGAUCGGGAAAAGGCAUGGCUGUAUUAUAAGAAUGCGCUUUCAGUAUUCCCCGAGCUGGUACUUCGGCGGACAGAUCUGUUGAGUGUCCAGGCCCUCCUUGGCAUGGCGAUCUUUCUUCGGGGCAACUCUGGCUCCCAAGCGACAAUGCCCGUUGUGACCGCCGCCAUACGAGCAUCCCACCGGAUGGGGCUUCAUCGUGAAAUUCACCGGCCCUAUCUUUCAAGGCUAGAACAGCAGCAAAGGAAGAACGUAUUCUGGAUUGCCUACAUUAUUGAUCAAAGCAUAUCUAUCCGGCUAGGGAGCGCGCCGACGCAGCAACUUGACGACUACGAUGUCGAUUUCCCUUCCGACGACACUGAAGGAUUAAUGUUAGUCGGUAACAAGACGGUCUUCCCGCAAUUAUGCCGCAUCUCAGUCAUCAGAAGCCGAACAUACAAGCACUUCUACUCAGCGCGUGCUUUGGAAGACAAAUCUACAGCCGAUAUCUGCGAAAUGGUCCACAAAUUAGAUGCAGAGCUACAAGAUUGGAGACGUGAGAGCCAGUUUGAUACUUCGUUAAAGCAAAGGGGUAGCGGCCAAGACUUUCUGGUUGGCUUUGCUUCUGCUAGCCUCUUCCUCCUGUACAACAACACACUCAUGAUGAUUCACCGCAUACCAACGCUAAUCAAUUUCGUCUACCAAUCACGCGCCGAACGCAUCCCAGAGCUUGAUCUGAGGCUGAUAUUGAACCAGUCUUCCUCCUCGGCCAUUCUUUGCGUCCAGGCUGCGAGAGAUAUUCUCAAUUUGAUAAAUCAUCUACCGUGGGGGGAUGUUGCGUGGAUAUGGUCACUACUGUACUAUAUAUUCCUAGCAGUCAUGACAGUCUUCGUCAAUAUCCUCCGCAACAGCCAGCAACCUGCCUCGAAAGACGACCUCAAGUCCCUAAACAUGGCCGCAACCUUUUUCACCACCCUUGUCCCAGCUGAUGGGCCAUGCAACUACGUACGGUUCAUGACUCGCAUGAGUACAGCCUUUGAGCGUAUCGCUCGCACUGUUCUAGAACGAGAUCAGAAGACGGUCCGACCGGGCCCAGAUCCGCUUGUCAAAGCGAAAGCCUCUAAAAGCCGCGCAGCAAACAACUCGCGAAGUCAACCACCACCACAUACUCUGCCCCAGCAUCAAUCUUCCUCCGCAUCAGCAUCUGCAACCACAACCGUCAACAUCCCCAACCUCGAAGGUUUACCUCCGAUCAACUCCUCCGGCUACGUCGUCAUUGAGAGCCCUAUCAUUAGUCCCGAUCAAAGCCCACCUCCACCUUCAAAUCCCACAAGCAGCACAAACACAAAACCAACCUACUCAAGCCAACCGCAACCACAAACACAUGCAUCAAAUCCCUCAAGCGUACCCCAGUAUCAGUAUCCUCCCACACUCCACUCCCAACAACAUUCUUUUGCGCCUUCCACCAUACCCACAGAUACGACAACAUCUUUCCCCUUACCAACUCUUGAAGAAUCCUCCGUCACGACUUCAUUACCCGCCUCCUUCCCAUACCCCUUUUCCCAGACAAGGCCUGAACCAUGGCAGAUCCCUCUAACGGCAGAAUGGGAGUUCGGCUUUGAGGGCCAAUUCCUCGGCAUGGGCAUGAGCAUGGGCAUGGGCGCGGGCAUGGGUAAUGGCAUGGGUAUGAAUAAUAUAUUCCAACAGCAGGUUUAUGCUUUCCAGGAUCCGACUCAUGGCUUGGGUUCCGGAUCCAUGAGUAUGGGCUCGGCGGCUGCUAACGUGCCGAUGCCGAAUACGAUGGUCAGCACACCUCUUAUGGAGUAUGGAUACGGAGACCGGAAUCAAAGCAAUGGCACUGCUGGUGGCCGUAGCGAUGGUGCCGGCCCUGCGCCAACACCCGGCCUUCAGUCGCAUCAGCCGAUGUGGUUUGGAAAUGCGUUUUAG